AAUAAAGGAAGAGGAAGCAGCGUAAAUAAAUUGUAGCCGGUUGAAGAAAUGUUUCCUUUAAGUUCGCAAAAAAAAUUUUGGACUUUUGCAAAUGAACAACAACUUAGUGAAUUACGUUUGCAACAAAAUGUUAAUUAUAUCAAUAGUCAUGGGGCUGAAAUGAAUCAGGAGCAACGUGAAGCUUUCUUCCUGCUGCUUGCGGAAGAACGUGUACUAAUUAAGCAAUAUGAACUGUAUUUAAAUGAUUUUUGCCGUCGCUUCGAACCGCCUAUGCCAAAAUGUGUUGUCGGCACUGCAUUCCAUUAUUUCAAACGUUUUUUUCUGAACAACACACCAAUGGAUUACCAUCCUAAAGAGAUAUUAGCCACGUGUGUCUAUUUAGCCUGCAAAGUUGAGGAGUUCAAUGUAUCCAUUGGUCAGUUUGUGGGUAAUAUAAAGGGUGACCGCAAUAAGGCAAUGGAUAUUAUACUCUCGAAUGAGUUGCUCAUGAUGCAACAACUCAAUUACUACUUGACUGUGCAUAAUCCCUAUAGGCCGGUCGAGGGAUUUCUCAUCGAUAUUAAGACUCGCAGCAAUAUGUCGAAUCCCGAACGUUUGAGGCCACAUAUAGAUGAGUUUAUUGAAAAGACGUUCUUCACAGACGCUUGUCUGCUAUACGCGCCGUCACAGAUUGCACUGGCAGCUGUGCUGCAUGCCGCUAGUAAAGAACAAGAAAAUCUAGAUAGCUAUGUCACUGAAAAUUUAUUUGUGGCGGCACGUGAUAAAUUGCCCGCGCUCAUAGAGGCUGUGCGCAAAAUACGCUUUAUGGUUAAGGCAUACGAGCUGCCAUCGAAGGAAAAAGUAAGAUUGAUUGAAAAGAAGCUGGAAAAGUGUCGCAAUCAAGAAAAUAAUCCUGACAGUCAAAUCUAUAAAGAGCGCAUGCGCAAAAUGCUUUGUGACGAUGACUUGGAGCUCCCCUUAGACUCAUCAUAUCACGUCGCAGACUCUAGUGCAGACAUGUCUAUGCUUAAUAUGAGUCAAGAAUCUGUAUGAUUUACAGUUGAGUGCUUUAUUAUUAGUUUUUUUCUGUGUACUGUUAUUGUUAAUGAUAAAAUAAAGAGACUAAAUGGAAAGUGACAACAAAAAAUAAAAAAAAAAAUAGAUCAUUAAAACUG